UCUUUCUGUCACGUCGCGCGUGUGGGACAUGAAUGUUUCUUGUGCUGUAGUUUUUCGAUAAAUUAACUGUGAUAUUGCCGUAGUUGACCCAUGUGAUCUUCACCAGUUUCAGUAGAAUAGUGUAUGAAAUAUUUGAAAAUAUAGUGUUAAAACAUUGGUUGGUCAGUGAACGGUGGUAAAGUUUUUAAAACAUUUGGGCACGAACGAAAUAUUAGAGCGAAUAUUAGAAUGUUGUAGAUUAUCGCUUCCCUUGGCAACUACUAAAUAGAUCAGUUUUUAAUCCUUGCCCACGUACUGUGACAAUGUCGUAUAAAUCCACGCUUGACGAGUUCUGCGGUUCGCCUUUUUGGGAUAGUAACCUAACAUGGCACACCGAAAAUCCGGACCUAACGCCAUGCUUCGAAAAAACCGUCCUGGUAUGGACGCCGUGCAUUUACCUCUGGGUAGCUUCCCUGCUCGAAGCCUAUUACAUCUUCAACAGCAAAGAGCGAAACAUCCCAUGGAACAUUCUGAAUAUCAGCAAAUUGAUUGUCACUUGCCUCUUAAUAGUAUUAAAAUUUGUAGAUUUAGGUGUAAGUGUCCAUAGAUCAUCACAACAAGAAGAGGAAGUGCCCAAUAAUGAUUAUUACUGCCCUAUCAUCAAAUUGCUGACAUUUGGUUUGUCAGCUACAUUAUUAUACUACAAUAGGAAAUAUGGUAUGAGAGCAUCAGGAGUACUCUUCUUCUUCUGGUUACUACUGGUGCUGGCGGGGCUGCCCCAGCUCAGAACAGAAAUAAGGGCCCACUAUAACACCGCUGAUGAUGAAAACGUCCAAUACUACUUCGUUAGCUACAUGAUAUAUUACCCACUUAUUUUCUUGAUGUUUUUACUCAAUUGUUUCGCCGACUUACCACCCAAAGAUACUCCGUACAAAUUCGAAAAGAAUCAAUGCCCAGAAAGCGCGUCAGGAUUCCCUAGCCGGCUGACAUUCAGUUGGUUCGAUCCUCUAGCACUCACAGGCUUCCGUAGGAGUCUCACUGAGAGUGACCUCUGGGCGCUGAAUCCUCCUGAUUCUUCUAAAGAAGUGGUUCCGAGAUUCGAAAAAUACUGGCAGAGGACAUUAAAGAAACGAGAAGUCACAAACAGUGCAAAAGCGACAUACAGUAAAACUUCAGCGAGUGUGAAUUUCAAGCCAGAGAGCGAACGGAAGCCUGCGUCGAUCCUGCCGGCGCUAUGCCUAGCCUUUGGUCCGCAGUUUUUCUUUGGAUCCGUGCUUAAACUCGCCAACGACAUUCUUAUGUUCCUCUCGCCACAACUACUCAAACUUCUAAUAAGUUUUACAGAAAGUAAAGAGCCGGUAUGGAAAGGCUACUUAUACGCGGUCGCGCUAUUGGCAUGUGCGACUGUACAGACCACGUUACUCGCGCACUACUUCACUCGAAUGUACCUUGUCGGCAUGAGGAUAAGGACCGCCCUCACCAGUGCCAUUUAUAGAAAGUCUUUGAGGAUGUCAAACUCUGCGAGAAAGGAAUCCACUGUCGGUGAAAUUGUUAAUUUGAUGUCUGUUGAUGCGCAAAGGUUUCUAGAACUAACAGCGUAUCUAAAUAUGAUAUGGUCAGCGCCGCUUCAAAUCGCACUUGCCCUAUUCUUCCUUUGGGGCAUCUUAGGGCCGUCCGUGCUAGCCGGCCUCGCCGUUAUGAUAGUGCUCAUCCCCGUAAACGGGUUGAUCGCCAAUAGAGUUAAAACAUUACAAAUCAGACAGAUGAAGUACAAAGACGAACGAGUCAAACUUAUGAAUGAGGUGCUUAAUGGAAUUAAAGUACUUAAAAUGUAUGCUUGGGAACCAAGCUUCGAGGACCAAAUACUUAAAAUAAGGAACAAAGAAAUGAAUGUUCUAAAACAAACUGCCUAUUUGAAUUCUGCUACUUCAUUUAUAUGGUCUUGUGCGCCGUUUUUGGUGACCUUCUUAACUUUCUUCACAUAUGUGAUAUCCGACCCCGACAACAAUAUACUGACAGCCGAAAAGAUUUUCGUGUCGAUGUCCCUGUUUUUCACAAUGCAUUUGCCACUAGGACUGCUGCCACUGAUAGUGGUGUCCGUUGUGGAGACCGCUGUUGGUAUUAAGAGAUUGAACAAAUUCAUGAACUGUGAUGAACUCAACGUAAACUCCGUAGAGCACGAUCCCAAAGAACCCAACCCUAUACUGAUCGAAAGCGGUCACUUCUCGUGGGGCGACGAGCCGGAGCCGACUCUGCGCAACAUCAACAUCAACAUAAAGAAGGGCUCGCUGGUGGCCGUGGUGGGCGCCGUCGGCUCGGGCAAGAGCUCGCUGCUCUCCGCGCUGCUGGGGGAGAUGAACAAGGUCUCCGGGCGCGUCAACACCACUGGAAGCGUUGCGUACGUUCCCCAACAAGCUUGGAUCCAGAACGCGACUUUGCAGGACAACAUUGUGUUCGGCAAGCAACUCGACAAAUACAAGUACAACAACGUGAUCAACGUGUGCGCACUCAAGCCUGAUUUCGACGUGCUGCCCGGUGGUGACCAGACUGAAAUCGGCGAAAAAGGCAUUAACCUGUCCGGAGGUCAGAAGCAGCGCGUGUCGCUGGCGCGAGCGGUGUACUUCGACGCGGACAAUUACUUCCUCGACGAUCCGCUCAGCGCCGUCGACUCGCACGUUGGGAAACACAUAUUCGACAAGGUCAUCGGUCCGAACGGUCUCUUAAAAAGCAAGACGAGAGUAUGGGUGACGCACAACGUGUCGUACUUGGCACAGACUGACCUUGUGUUAGUACUGAAAGAGGGCGAGAUCUCUGAAGCCGGCACGUACCAACAGUUGCUAGAAAAGAAGGGCGCCUUUGCUGAUUUCUUGAUUCACCAUCUGAGCGAUGCUGAAAGAACAUCACCUGAAGAAUUAAACGAAAUCAAGCAUGAUCUGGAAAGCAAACUGGGUUCGGAGUUCCAGAAUAAACUUCAACGCGCCCGCUCGCUAUCGGAAAGCGCUUCAGAGUCAGACCAACAGCAGUCCGCAGGAGAUCGCGCGAAUAGCGUGAAGAGACAACGGUCACAAAGCAGCGCAACGCCCGAGGAACUAAAAGCUAAAAACAAGCUUAUUGAAGCCGAAAAGGCAGAGACGGGAAGCGUGAAAUGGAGCGUAUACAAGCACUACCUUAUGUCGGUGGGCGUGCUGGCGUCUCUGGUGACUGUGCUCAUGAACCUGGUGCUGCAGGUGUUCCAGGUUGGAUCAAACUAUUGGCUCGCCGAGUGGUCCAAUGAUGAUCAAAUGAUGGUAAACGGGACUGUUAACACACAACGCCGUGAUCUCUAUCUCGGUGUAUAUGGAGGCCUCGGAGUCGGACAAGUGCUGUCGGUGUCGGUGUCAUCCCUGGCGCUGUACCUGGGGUCGCUGGCGGCUGCGCGCGCGUUGCACGCGGCGAUGCUUGGCAGCGUGCUGCGCGCGCCCUCCAUCGGCUUCUUCGACUGCACGCCCGUCGGCCGCGUGCUCAACCGCUUCAGCAAGGACGUGGACGUGCUCGACAAUGUGCUGCCCAUGACACUGCGUGGUUGGACCACCUGCUUCUUUGCGGUGCUGGGCACACUAUUCGUGAUCAGUUUGUCAACGCCGAUCUUCCUGGCGGUGAUACUUCCCAUCGGGGUGAUCUACUACAUCAUCCAGCGGUUCUACGUGGCCACUUCGAGGCAGCUUAAGCGACUUGAGUCCGUCUCUAGGUCGCCUAUCUACUCACACUUCGGCGAAAGUAUUACAGGCGCCAUGACUAUACGAGCUUAUGGAGUUACACAGAGGUUCGUUGAGGAAUCGGAGCGAGGUGUGGACCAUAACCAAUCGUGCUACUACCCGAGCUGCAUCGCGAACCGCUGGCUGGCAGUACGGCUGGAGAUGAUUGGCAACUUCAUCAUAUUUUUCGCCGCACUGUUCGCCGUACUCUCUCGCGAAGAUAUCAGUCCUGGUCUCGUAGGACUCUCUGUCAGCUACGCCUUGCAGAUAACACAAACCUUGAAUUGGCUGGUUCGAAUGACUUCCGAGGUUGAGACUAACAUCGUGGCAGUAGAAAGAAUAAAAGAAUACGCUGAAACUGAAAAGGAGGCGGAGUGGAACCUCCCCAACGGGCCGGGCUCCACGUGGCCCGAGACCGGCGCGCUGCAGCUGGAGCAGCUGACGCUGGGCUACCGCGCGGGCGAACCGGCGCUGCGCGGCGUCACCUGCAGCGUCGCGCCCAGGGAGAAGCUCGGCAUCGUCGGACGCACCGGCGCCGGCAAGUCCACCCUCACGCUGGGACUCUUCAGGAUAGUGGAGGCGAUGGGCGGUAAGAUCCUGAUCGACGGCAUCGACAUCUCGACUUUGGGGCUGCACCAGCUGCGGUCCCGCAUCACUAUAAUCCCGCAGGACCCCGUGCUCUUCUCAGGCACGCUGCGCACCAAUCUUGACCCCUUCGGUACUUACACUGAUGAGGAAAUCUGGAGGUCCCUAGAGCAUGCCCAUCUUAAGACCUUUGUGCAAGGUCUCCAAGCAGGCGUAAACCACGAGAUCUCGGAGGGCGGCGAGAAUCUGUCGGUGGGCCAGCGGCAGCUGGUGUGUCUAGCGCGCGCACUGCUGCGUAAGACGCCGCUGCUUGUCUUAGAUGAAGCCACCGCCGCUGUGGACUUGGAGACCGACGAGCUUAUACAGAAAACGAUCCGCUCCGAGUUCGCAUCUUGCACGGUGCUGACGAUCGCCCAUCGUCUUAACACAAUAAUGGACUCGACCCGCGUGAUGGUCCUCGACAAAGGUCAGCUCGUGGAGUUUGCGCCACCCGAGCAGCUACUGCAGGAUAAAAACUCUAUAUUUUACGGCAUGGCGCGCGACGCCGGACUCGCCAGCUAAGCCAUCACACCAUUAUAAGUAUAAAUAUUUCGAUCUUUAUUCCAUAACUUGAUCGCCGUAAGCUCAGCCUAUUCUAUGGAACACCAACAGCCGGAAUGUUGUUUUAUAACAACAUUCCGGCUUUAACUUUUCAAUAAAAACAUAAUUUGUCACAAUUUGACAUAGUGUAGAUAUACCCUGAUAGAUAAUACAAACGUUCGCUUUAUUUGAUAUUUUAGUUCGCUCUGGCGCUGAGAUUGUUUUCGUUGUACUGUUGGACGGAGCCAAAAGCUGAAUUUAUGGUGACCAAGUCAUGCUGUGACAUCUAAUAACAAUGUUACAAAUUGAAGUGAAAUUGUGUAUUAAUAAAUAUUUUUCCACGCAGUACGAGGCGCUUUCCGUCUUCACAUGGGAAAGAAUUUUUAUAGACCAUGUUUAUCACGUGACAGAUUGAGACGUGUCAUUAUUCAAAUUCCAAUCCAGUUUCUAAUAAUAAUUCUGUUUCCAAACCAAUCAGAUUUGAACUCGUAGAAAUAUUACAUAAAGUAGUUUCUACCUUGUUCCUAUAAUAAACUUAAACAUCACAGAAUUAGUUUUAAAAAUAUUUUUAAUCGGCUUAUGUUAUGAAAGAAUAGAUAGCA